AUGGAGCACAUCGGAAGCAGUUACAAUGGGGCAACAAAAUUUGGCAGGAUGGAAGGUGAAGGAGAGUACACCUUCCCUACAAAUACAAGAUAUGUGGGAGAGAUGAAAGAUGGAAUGUUCCAUGGCAAAGGAGUGCUGUACUUUCCAAAUGGAAGUAAAUAUGAGAGCACCUGGGAAAACGGCAUAGCCAAACAGGGGACAUUUACCUUUGCAGACGGACUGCAGUACCAGGAGAAGGACUGGAACUACUGCGAUGGUUAUGACAGACGCUUCUACACGGAGAGGUGCAAUGGCCUCAGACCUGCAGGAAAAUCUCAGAUAACAGAUUUACAUCCUCCACGAGCCAUUCCUGAUGGAUGUUAUGACUGUGGAGAUGGUUUCUAUAACCCCAGCACCAGAGUGGUCACAGCCUACACCGGCAGGUUUCUCAGGAGCGCAGAUGACCAGGAGCAUGAGUGGAUUGUGCGGACUUGUCGGAAGGCUUGGGAUGAGGCUUGUGGCGCUGAGCCGGAAAAAUCAGCUGCAGCCAGAUGUGAGGAGAGCAGCAAUGUUAACUUUUAG